AAUGGCCGCCGUCACCUGCCUCCACACCCAAGAGGGCUGUUCGAAUCUGUGACGCCACUUCCGGUUAGCAAACAGGAAGUUGCCCAUCGUCCAUUGCCCCCGAAUCCCUAGCGGGGGGUUCCGGUUUCGGCAGCUGCCUCGGUCCCCAUGGAGACGGGCGGGGGCCGGUUCGGGGUGUCGGAGACCCUGGGGGCCCUGAACGCGGCGCUGAAGAAGGAACCCGGCCCCCCCGCCUCCGUCUGGUUCAAGGAGAGCAGCGCCCGGAACCUGCGGAGCCGCGACUUCCUCGCCCCCCAGGCCGCGCUGCGGCCUCUGUUCGCGGGGGGGCAGGUUCCCAAAGACAUCAUAGAGGAUGUGAUUUCUCUAAAAUGCCCUGGAGUACCACCUCUCCAGAGCUGCCAGCAGACCCCCCUGGGGCUGACUGUUCAGUUACAGAGACCUGCUGCCUUCCAGCAGGUCCUGAAUUCUAUUGCUGAGUUCACAAAGCCUUCCCAGUCCGCAAGUGGGCAGAGUAUCAUCCUCAACUGCACACCCCUCCGGAGCCGGAGAAGCCUGGACAUGCUUAGCCUGAGCAAUCUGAGAGCCAUUCUAGUAACUGACCACUUGGCUGAAGUGCUCAGAAUACAGGGGCUGAAUGUCCACCUGGUUCCUGCUGUGCCUGACGAAGGAAUCCAGAAGUUCCUGCAACAGCUGAGAGUUGAGUGGCCCUCAGAGUUGGAAACGACAUUCAUUCCUGAGGAUGUUUUGGCCUUGAAGGAAGUCCUCAGCCAGUGCCCUUAUGCUACAGUCCCAGGACUGGAGCCAGGGCAGACGAGGCUGGCUGACAAUGUAAUAUUUAAAGUGCAUUUGAAAAACUUCCUGGCGCAGCAGAGCUUGGAGGGCUAUGACCCCAACCUAGAUGUCUGUCUUGUGACUGAGGAGAAACUGCGGGUCCUGGCCGAGCUGCGACAAAUGGCCCUGCGCUGUGCGGGCACUGGGCCGGGAGGCUGCUGCAGGGUGGUGCAUGUGGUGAGCUGUGAGGGCGAGUUUCAGCAGCAGCAGGUGGAUUUGCUCUGGAGGAUGUUGGACCUGGGAGCUCACACAGCCUUGCAGAAACACCUCGUCUGUGGGCCAGUGAAGGUCGCUAACUCCCCUUCUCCUGUGGGGGCACCCCAGUACUUCCAGCUCCGCAGGUGCCAGAUGUACGAAGCCUCGGUCAUGAAGUAUGGAGACCUUGUUCAGGAUGACUCUUGGACUGAGAUAAUCAGCGUCUUGACAUCAGCUGCCAUCAGGUUUGAAAUGCUGAGUACAGCCCAUCAGAGUCAGAUUUUCCUCGACCUGGAGGACAGCAGCAUCUCCACAAAGGGAACGAAAAGUGGAGCCUUUGUGAUGUACAACUGCGCUCGGCUUGCUACGCUCUUCAAAACGUACCAGCAGGCUGUGGAGCAAGGUGCAUACCCGGCCUUCCCCCCAGCAUCAGAACUGAACUUCUCUCUGCUCAGAGAAGAGGGCGAAUGGCUUUUGCUGUUCAACUACAUUCUUCCCUUCCCAGAGACCCUGAGCCAGGCAGCACAACUGCCCCUCUCCAGCAAAGGGAUUCGAAUCACAGCCAGCACGGAGGCGGUGUGCAAGUUCCUGAUCCACCUGAGCAUGGACUUCAGCUCCUACUACAACCGCGUUCACAUCCUGGGGGAGCCACUGCAUCACCUGUUCAGCCAGAUGUUUGCUCGGCUACAGCUCAUGAGAGGAGUGAGAGACGUGAUCCACAGGGCCCUGGCUACCCUCCACCUGCCUCCUCUCAGCCAGAUCUGAGCCCUGCGGUCACCACACGAGUGCCAAACGGGGAGCGUAGAGUCUGUUCUGAAGCUGCUGUUAGGAGUUAAAGGGUUAACCCUGUUUUAGAGAGUGGGGGAGGGGUUCCCCACAGGUUUAGUUGCUCUCUGGAGGGGCUGGCUGUUUCAGAACAGAAGGGGUUAAAUGCCCUUUCCACUGCUAGUGCAGCCGCACUGCUGGCGCCUGGGCCCUGCCUCCCAGCCACUGAUGCCAACCUUGCUGGGGAGCCGGGUCCCAGCCACCGUCAGCCCUUCGGAACCUGUCUGCCUUGAGCCCCGGCCCCCAAGGGUGGAGUGGGGCACCCAGCAGGCCAGACCAGGCCUCGCCUCAGUUGUGUUGUAACAAGUGGGUUUUUGGCUGUUUUGCUCUGAACUGGCUGAGGUCCCCACUGGCCCCAGGGACGCCUGUCCCUGCCCCGAGCCUACAGCCUUGGUGUUGUGUCCAAAUACACAUUGUUCUGGA